AUGGGAUUUACAGGACUCCCUCCCGAGUUAUCAUUGUCGAUUUGUAGUGAACUUGACGAAGAAAAUUUAAAUAUUUUAUCAAUUGUUUCACAUGAUUUUAAUAAAUUAGCUUCAGACAAUGAAAUAUGGAAACAAUUUGCUUUAGAAAGGUGGAAGGAUAAACAGGGGAUAAAAAAAAUAUGCGAAGAGAACCGUCGAUUUUGGUCUAACUCUGGUACUUGGAAACGCGUUUAUAGUAUCGUUGAGAGAGAAGCACAGCGAACUUUAUGGGAUGUAAAUGACUUGGUUGAAAAUAGUUGGACUUGUACACAUAAUGAUAAUCAUUGGGGCACAAAUCAAUUAGUAACAUUCCACCCAAAUGGUACUUACACCCAACAUCAUCAAGCUUUUUUUGAUCGGUCUUAUUCGUGGUCCAUUGCCGGCGAUGGAUCUAUAAGUUUGAACCAAAAAUCUUAUAAAUCGUCUAGAUCUCCUGAUUGGAAUUUAAUAAUUGAAAAUGACUUGUUGACUUUUACUUCAUCCGGUAACGAAAGUUUUAGAAGGAAGUUAAAAGAAUUCGAUUCCGAAUUGAUAAUUGAAUUCGGACAAUGUGGCAAUAAUCAUUUAAGAUAA